GAAAAUCACGUAGCAAGUUUGUAAUGGCGGGUAGAAGUGUAUCUUUCGCCAAUAUUAUUCAAUAUCCACCUUCGUUAUCCUUUUCCUUGUCUCCACAUUUUCCGGGCACCGUCGUAGCACGUGGUUUAUCGUUCCAAAAUGGAUCAAGCUUUCACCGCUAUGGACACCGAAGUCCUGUACCCGAUUCUGUUUCUUCCUAAAAAGUGUACGAACUUGGAAACAAAUUGUGAUGUUGCUGAUAACGUGUUUAUUGACCUGAAUAUUACGUCUCCGGAUACAGAAGGCAAUAACGCUUGCAUUUACUCCGGAUUUUGCAAUAUAAAGCUGAUAGACACUUAUGAUGUGAACAUACAGCACCUCAAGUCGUCUGAAGAGAUCAUCUCUGAGGUAAAUGAUAGUUUGCCAGUGAUCAUAUCAGAGCAACAGCAGCCUCCAUACAUGCAGUCCCAAGUGUGGAUUGACCCAACCAGAAGUCCAUUUGUGUACAACCACUAUGACCUGUCCGAAGCUCAAGAGUGCUACUCCGUCCGGCAUGAAUCCCGUACCAGCAUUACUGUGGAAAAGAAACUCAACACUUAUAUUACAAAAAACAUAUAUAACUAUAAAGAAGCCGUACACUACUCCACUCAUGAAGAACUUGAGAAUAAAAAACCCAAAAUACAACCACCGGAGCAUAAUUCCGAUGGGAAUAUUUAUGAAGAAGAUGAAUUUCAGUGUGGAGUGUUUUUAUCGCAACUGCCCGAAGAGAUUAUGAAUGAGAAGCAGAACCGGGCUCGGGAGGAACGUAAGUUCAUAGGUCUACAAAGUGAAAACAGUGCGUUGAAGCAGUUGAUGUCACCGGAUAUUCAGUCCAUGUCUAAGCAGCGGAAGACCAUCUUGUUCUUGGGACCGGAUGCUCAAUGUGGACAGACAAUCCAACAGAUAGCAUACUAUGACCCCUCCAUGGGGUGCUCCGGAGCCCCUGUGGUGGACAAUGAAGUCAUCAUCGAGGACACCGACCCUCCGCGGCAGAAGCGGUACCAGUGCGCGAAAUGCCACCAGAUCUUCGAGCAAAUAGCUGAGUUUAGGGAGCACAUGGUGAACCAUGACAGCGGCAAGUACCCGCGCUUCAUGAGUAGGACUCCAUCGACGGACGUCCGGUAUAUCUGCAGCGAGUGCGGCAAGAAUUUGAAGACCAGGGAUAAGUUCGAGCGGCACUGUUUAGGCCACGGAGACCCAGAACUGGAGUGCAACAGGUGCCACAAAGUGUUCGCAUCUAAGUUCACUUUGCGAGUCCAUAGAAAGAUACAUAGUAGGAAACACCCUUGUUCGUAUUGUACGAAAACGUACUCUAAGAUAGAAGACAUGAGGGCUCAUGCAGCCAAAGUGCACUUUGCCUUCAUGUGCGAACAUUGCGACUUUGUAGCCAGCAAACAUUCGGAACUAACCACUCAUUUAGACACGCACGAAACUACCUACAAAGAUUCCAGCGAAACAGAAUUCGCCGAGUCAUAUUUCGAUGAUAUUAUGAGCGAUAGUGACGUCAUAAAUCCUGAUUCCCCCGUCCCCGAUUGGAAGGUGACUGAUGAUGAAGCAAAAGACCUAGUUUCCAAGUUCGAAGAGAUCCAGAAAGCUGAUUCUGUCAUUGCCAAGGUGAUGUCCAAUAAGAUGUUCCUCGCUGGAAGGACUAAGAAGAACAGGAGAUAUACAAAGGUGUGCGACGUAUGCCUGAAGUCGUUCGACCGCGUGUCGGACCUGAAGCGGCACCUCAUCGAGCACAUCGUCCGGAGCACCCUCGCUAAAACCCCCGUCACGGGCGCCGGCACCCUCACCAUGCAAUGCGAGGUCUGCCAAGCCGAAACCUUCACUAGAGUCGACCGCUACAAGGCCCAUCUAAGAGAACACGCCAAACUCACCCUUUACAAAUGCACCUUCUGCAACAAAUCCUUCAGCGAUUCUAGCAACUUCUCAAAACACAAGAAAAUCCACGGCGCCCCGUACUUCCAAUGCGACCUCUGCCAACGUAAGUUCAAUUCUAAGAAGAUGAUCACACGGCACAUGGAAUACCACAACAAGAACGAGCCGUUGAGUUGUAGGUAUUGUGAACGGAUCUUCCAUUUUGAGUCUAUGCUGAAUAAGCACAUAAAAAGUGCGCAUACUAGAGAAAUCUCGUGCAGAUUCCGUUGUAGGUUUUGCCAUGAAUACUUCAAGACUUUGAAGGAAAAAUGGGAUCAUGAGUGGACGGUGCACAACGUGAGAAAGAUGGUCGUAGACUGUCUAAUCUGUGGCGCGAAGUAUCGCAAGUAUUCCGAGCUAAAACGGCAUUGUGCGGACAAGCACAAUGUUGAAAUACCAACAGCUAAAAAACUGUUGAAGAAAAAGACUUAUUAUUAGGCGGGUCCUGAUAGGAACAUUUUUUAUUUUUUUACAAUGUUCCGCCGUAAUUUCUGCCAUAGAGCUGAACUUGAACAUUUGGCCGCACUGCAUCGCAUUUUCCUAUGCUUCUAUCCUUUCCUGUAACUCAGAAAUGUCUCGCUCUAACAAAUGACGGUUCUGAGUGCCAAAAAAGGAUAGAAGCAUAGGAAAAUCCAAUGCGUUGCGGUCAGAUGUAGUUCAAUCUUAAAUUAAGGGUAUUUAUGUAUUAGUUUUCGUUAGAAAUCGUUCGAUAUUGCGUUUCAAAAAUGCCUGAAGAAUAUUUUAGUAAUGUAAGUAAAAACUUAAAACCGUCCAAUAUAAAUCGAUAACUGUCUUUAGUACAAACGUAAAAUGUGUUCACUAUAAAAGAUACGUUAAAACUAAAACUUAAUAUAAGAUAAAGUGAUCCUAUAGACUGAUUUAAACUUACCAAAAGACUGAUUUAAAUUAAUGCAACUUACAAAGUAAAAACUUACCUGCUUACAUUUUCUAUACUUGAUAAUAUUUAUUGAAACUUAUAUUUAAAUCAAAAGUAGUAAAUCAUGAAGUUCUUAUUAGAAACUAAUAUAAAUUCCGAUUUUGUUACUUUGAAUUGGUAUCAAGAAUCGAAUAAGUUUAUUUCCUAACUAGAAAAUAACUAUAGGUACGUCAUUGGGAACGUAAUUUUCGAAUUUAUUUAUUUUAUUGUUGAUUGUCUACUACAUUUUAUACAUUUGUUGAUCGUUGUUUUUGUUAUAUUUAUAUUAAGUGGGGUGGUGGCUAAUAUACAACACCGUACAUAACUCAUCGUUUUGUAUGAAAAUUGCAUCAGUCACAAUUUUUUAUGAAGUUUGGAAAUGAAAUUCAGAAGUACAAAUCGCCAAU